CUGCUGCCUGGCGGAGCUCAGAGCGGAGCAGACUCAUAUGAACAGCUCCGUGUCUCUCACGUCCAGAAAUGUGCGCAGGGUGUAGAAGGAGUCGCAUCUCUCCCUGUGUGUCUCCUCCUCAGACAACAUCACUCUCGUGUCUUUAAUGCAGCACCGGAAGCUUUAGACGAAGGAUACACGCGCACUAAACAAAUCCAACACCACUUUCUGUUCAAGCAGCCGCUGAAUGCAGAUUUUUGGAUAGCCCUCUGUCUCCGACGAGGCCGACCUGACUAAUCAUCCAAGGUGUCAAGCCGGUACCUGUCCGAUGUCCUCUCCCCCCUCAGUGUGAUGCGUCAUGGCUCCGGUGCUGAGUGGAGUGUGGUGGGGGCCGGAGGCGGGCAUCGUCGGGUCGGGUGCGGCAGCUGCUACAGGGGUGGCGUCGUGGCUGGGCAGCGGGCAGCUGGUCCUGGUCGUCACCCUCAGCAUCCUCGCCGCCCUGCUGCUGGUCUCUGUGCUGCUGCUGCUGUGUGCUAGCUGCCAGGGGCAGAAGAAGGCAGUUAAUGGACAUCCAGCAGGAGACCAUGAGAACCUCAUGAAUGGAGUGUCAGAGAGAGAGACGAUCAGCCAAUCGGCAGACAGUCCAGCGACUGACGCAGCCGUCAGCAGCUCUCACAAUGGUCCUCUAACCAGCGGUACAAUCCUCACAGACACAGGUGACACCAGUCCCCAGCCGUCAGAGGAUAUGCUCUCCAGCCAAUCAGAGCUCAGGUCCUCCAAGUGUCCUCAGGACCGCGAGCUUCCCAGCAUUCCUCCCAACAACGCCCUCAUUGGGGAUGGACCCCCAGCCUCAGGGGACAGCACCUAUGAGGUGGUGAAGGAGAUUGCAGUGGCAUCACGUGACGUCAGCGCCGAGGACUCCCUGUACGAGACAGUCAAGGAACUGAAAGACCCCCCCGCAAAGCUCAGCGUCCCCAACGGUACCGUCCAGCUGAGCCCCGAUGAGCCUCCCCAUCAUCCCCCUGCCCUUCUCAACGGCCACCUCAGCCCCUCCACACCAGAGCGGGGGCCCCUGUGCGCGGGGGUGGAGUACGCCUCUGUCGACCUGAAUAAGAAGAGCCGUCACAGCGCCGACAUGGAGGCCAAAAGGCGCUCUGAUAAUGCCAGCGCUCCCUCGCACAAGGAGGAACCAGAGGAGGACUUACCUCCACCGGUACCAGAGAAGGUUCUGGAUGAGAACGACAACCAGCCGGUGGUGAUGAAUGGCCUGGCUGGAGCUGUGCUGCACAAUGGAGAGUUACACUCCCCUCUGUCUCCAGCACCAGGGUUCGACAACCACAUUCUGUCAGACAAUGAGUCAGCGGUGUAUUCUACAGUCAACAAAACAAACUGUGACGAUGCUGUGAACGAGGAAGACAAAGAGCACGACUACAGCAGCAUUGCAGAGAUCAAAGGUCUUGUCACGACCUCUUCCUCCAGUGACCUCUACGCCACCGUCCGAGACAUCUACGCCCAGCCUGACGAGCCCCAGCCGGGGGAAGACCCCACUUUGGACAGCACAGAUCCCGGCUAUGAAACCAUACGCAUCCCAAAGACUAGUAGCUCGGAUGAUGACCACAGGGCUGGGCUGGGAGCGGAGGGGUCAGACGCCGCCAAGGCGGAGCCCGACUACGAGAGUGUUGCGGAGUUGGGUCUGGGCCGGGAAAUGUCCCGCCUCUGAGAUUUUCCCCUAAUUGUCUUCAUCUGUGGCGGUGCGGAGGAAGCUUCCUCUCUUGCAUCUUACAGACGUCACUGUAAUGCUCUGAGCCUGCUACCAAGCAUGCUUUUGGUGCAUGACUUGGGGAAAAUGGCAGAAAAUGGCUCACCACAGCAUCCGUCAUCAAUGCAUGAGUGUCCUCUUUACAGCUUGGGUACGGAUUUUCAUAUCUGAAGUUUAAUUUAUCAACCACAAUGAAUGUCAUUGGUACUGGUAGGCCUAGCAGAAAAUCAACUGUAGUACCUCAUUGGGCAUUAUAGCAUAACUUAUUUUUAUGUAUUUUUCACCCUGAGCCCUAUUUUCUCAUAUUUUUGUGUCUAAGUGACUAAUGGGAACAACAUUUGUUUUAACUGAUCCAGUAUUGAGUGAGAGGGCUGAAGGUAGCAGCUGCGAAACAGGCUGCAGUGUAACCACUUGCAGCACACUAUAUGUACUGUCAAUUUACAUCCACAAAAAGUGCUUGUUUUUGCCACUGACAGGCUCAGAUUGUUCCUGUAAGUGUCUGACAUUAUUGAAAGGAUCCCUACAGGGAUAGACCUUUUUGUUAAAGACUUGGAUUUGGUUUGUUUAACCAGAAACAACCGCCAAAAAUUGCCGUCACCAAAUCCUCCUUUUACAGUUUUACAACCAGUAUAUUUUCACUCUAAUUGUGUGAAUUAAGGGUUUAUUUCAACCAAACGAGAGUUGGUGGACAUUGGAACAGUGGAAGGACGAAACAAGAUGAUUUUUGUGAAUUUUAUUUUGUUUCUGUUUACUUUAGCCCUGUUUCCACCAAACAUUUUCGGUAUGGUACCUUUGGAACCGAAAGUAUCCUUCAGACAUGGUGCCUAGACCCUAGCGUUUCCACCGCAAACUGUACCCUUAAAUGUGGGUGGAGUUGUUGUCACUCACAGUACAGCACGGAACGGUUCCAUUGGUAACAUCCAGUGGAAAAGCAUACCGAACUGCACCGUACCGUACUGCUCGGUGGAAACUGGGCUUUUGAGGUUUGUUUUACCAUACUACAAUGACAGUUUAUAUAAAUAGAAUCUGGUGGCUUUAGCACGAGUGAUUUCAGGGCAGUUUCUGGUUAAGCAAAGAAGAUCUUGCCUUUGUCUAUCUUUGUAGGGAUCCACAAUGUUGUCAGACUCUUACAAAAACAAUCUGAGCCAGUCAAUGGCAAAAACAAGCACUUUAAGUGGAGGUAAAUUGACAGUGCGCCGUUACCUCGAGUGGUCACUUUGCAGCCUGUAAUUGCCGGCUGCAGCACUCUCACUCAAUCCUGCACCAAUUUCAAAAAUGGUUGUUCCCGUUAGUCACUUAGACACAACAACAUGUGAAAAAUGGUUCCAGGUUGAAAAAUACAUAAGUUUAAUCAUGUGGAUGGGUGCAUUUUGGAUCAUCAUUAAAUUCCUCUUUUGUCUUUUUGACACCGCAUAUCAUGGACACAUUCAAGAGCACUUAACUGUGGAUGAAGGUCAAAUAUCAAAUAUCCAGUCACAACACAUGUGCAACAUUUCAAGGGUUAGCUGAAGACGCUAUCAGUGCCUGUGAUUUAAAAAAAGAAAAAAAAGAAAAAGAUAUGAAGAAUUUAGUGCCAUAUAAUCAUGAAGUUCAUGCACUUACUGUACAUAUGAAGGAAUCAUUAUUUGUAUGCCCCUUCUGCAGCUGCUAGUGACUUUCUAGCUUCCUCUAGGUGACUCAGUGUCAUGUUUUAUUGAGGCGUGAGAUGGGUUAUUUCGAGCUAUUUUUUUGUCAGGUUUGGCAGCACCUCCACUGUGCAUUCUCAGCUUAAGAUUCUAGGCAUAGAAAGCAAAAGCCAGCCUCAUCUGUGACCAAAUGGAUAGUUGAAACAGUUCGAUAGAUGAUGUGGAAUUGAGGAAACAAGGGAAGGAAGUUUGUAUUUCAUGAUACAUUUUGAAAGCAUUUUUAGACAUUUUACAGUCCAUGUCAACCUUUUUUUGUGAAAUUCAUAUUUAUUUGAACAUGCAUAUUGUUGUGUAAUUGUGAAAUGUUAAAGAGUAUGUCUGUGAGAGAUACGUAAAUAGGGUUUUCUAGCGUUUCUAUUAAGAUACUAAAUGAAAGUGAGUUGUGAUGUCGUGACAGUUGUAAAGGUACGCUUUCCCCUGACUUUUUAAAAAGAGAAUUCAUUGUUUAAAAAAAAAUACAUGAUGCUUUUUUUCUGUCAUUUUGCACAGGGGGCAAAAACAAAUUCAAAUGUGAUCAAAUGACACAAGAAACCUGCAUUAUUAAUACAGAUCUGUUGAUCAACUGUAUAUUUUGGUUGUCGUGUUCUUGAGCCUACUCUUGGUACAUUAUACAGUCUUCAGUUGGCAUCCCAGAUGAUUUUAAAGCACAAGGUUUGAUAUCAUGGUACUGCGUUUAUAUACUGCAUCAUCACAAUACAGCUGCGUCUCUGCACAAUUUGAAUAUCUAAUGCUUUUUAACCUCUGAGGAAACCAUUCUGUCUGUUUGUAGCUUGUAAUGACGACAUGCCAACCAAGGCUUGUACAUACACAGAGCACUAUUUUAACCAACUGUUACUCGCUGGAAGUUUUAUGUAAGCUUUUACUUAUUUGUACAAUGUCCAGAGUGGUAUUAUUUUAAAAUAAGUCUGUUAAGAGCACUGAUGUAUGUCUGCAUUGUUUUAAGGAAAACUUGUCUGAUGUUUUUUUUUUUUUUUAGAAAAAAUUGAAACUCAAAGUUGCCAAAUAGCUUUUGAGUUCUGAGAUAUAGUAACAAAUCAAAUGUCAGAAACAUGGUACAGUGUUUUGGUACAUGCAUUUUAAGAAACGGUGAGUGUGGUACUUUCAUUUAAAAUUAAUGUGUCGAUACUGUUGUUUGAUGUUUGUUUUCAAAUCGAACAGGGCCAAUGCUUUUUUUAUUUCUUUAUUUUUGGCUGUAAAUAUCUCUUUUACUGCUCCAGUAUCUCCCGUCCUUGCAGAAAAAUUGGUGUCAUCUGUUUCCACCCACAUCGAAAUAUCAGAGCAUUACAACAUCUCCAGCCUUAGUUCAUGUUUCAUUAGACAUGCAGGAGCUUGUUGGUGGCUCAGACAAAGACAGCCAGCCUGCGCUGACUGGUAUUAGAUUAAUAAAUACCAGACAUUUGAAAUGCUUUAACAUUUUCCUAGAAAUGCUAUGGUGAAAGAGCAUUUUAAAUGCAAUCCAUCCCAUGUUUUAUCAACGAAAACGGGUGAAUGAAGCCUGUUUAGGGGGGAAAAAAAACAAGAAAAAUGUUCAUUUCUGCAAAGAAGUAAUUAUCAUUGUCAUUUACACUCCCAAAAAAUGAUUGUUUCUACCGAAUGAUGUUUCUGUGUAUCAGGCCUGUGCCAUCAUUUAGAUAUAACAGUGUUCACAGAAAGCUAGAAAUGACCUCUAAGGAAAUUAUCUGCCAAAGGGGGUGUUUUAGUGCCAAAUCUAAGCAGGACAACACACACACACACACACACACACACACACACACAC